GGGCGGGCGCCGUGCCCCGCGGCGCUCACGGCCGCGCUCCCGCAGGAGGUGCAGGUGCUGGGCCGGCGGUUCCGCAACCCGGUGGGGCUGGCCGCCGGCUUUGACAAGCACGGGGAGGCGGUGGACGGGCUCUACCGCCUGGGCUUCGGCUUCGUGGAGGUCGGCAGCGUCACGCCCCAGCCCCAGGACGGCAACCCCCGGCCCCGCGUCUUCCGCUUGCCCGAGGACCAGGCCGUCAUCAACAGGUACGGGUUCAACAGCCACGGGCACGCUGCCGUGGAGCGCCGCCUUCGAGCCCGGCAGGACGCGCAGCUGCGGCUGACUGCAGCGGGACAGCCCCUCGGGAUCAACCUGGGCAAGAACAAGAGCUCGGUGGAUGCUGUGGCCGACUACGUGGCUGGGGUGCGGGUGCUGGGCCCGCUGGCUGACUACCUGGUGGUGAACGUGUCCAGCCCCAACACCCCGGGGCUGCGGGACCUGCAGGGCAGAGCGGAGCUGCGCUGCCUCCUGGGCAAGGUGCUGGAGGAGCGGGAUGCGCUGCCCUGCGUGCCGAAGCCGGCCGUGCUGGUGAAGAUUGCGCCCGACCUCAGCGCGCAAGACAAGCAGGACAUCGCCGGUGUCGUGAGCGAACUGGGGGUUGAUGGGCUGAUCAUCACCAACACCACCGUGAGCCGCCCCAGCAGCCUGCGUGGCGCGGCACGCGCAGAGCCAGGGGGGCUGAGCGGGCAGCCCUUGCGGGACCUCUCCACGGAGACCGUGCGCGAGAUGUACUGCCUUACCCAAGGCUGCGUGCCCAUCAUCGGCGUGGGCGGUGUGAGCAGCGGGCAGGAUGCGCUGGACAAGAUCCGAGCUGGGGCGUCGCUGGUGCAGCUGUACACGGCGCUCACCUACCGCGGGCCCCCCGUGGUGGGCACCGUGAAGCGGGAGCUGGCUGCGCUGCUGCGGAAGCAGGGCUUUGCCAGCGUCAUGGAGGCUGUUGGGGCGGAUCAUCGGCCCUGAGGGGCGCAGGGCCUGGGCCUGGACACUUGGGCCUGGCUCAGAGGAGCUGCGGGCCCUGAAGACCAGCUGCCAGCACUGCCUUGAGUGUGAAGUGACCUGGACUCCAGCCCGAGGCCCCCCAGGCGGGUGCAGGGUGCUGCAGGAACUCACGCCCCGUGCCUGGGUUGCCUGCGGGAGGCCUGGUGUAGGGGCUUUGGGGCAGCUGAUCUGAGCAUCGCCCAUGCUUGUGCAGCCCCUGGGGCUGGCGUGGAGCCCCAUGCUGGGGCCAUGGGAGAGGGUGGCAGUGCCCAACCUCCGGCCCUUAGUGGUAGGAGGAAUUGCCUGGGCUGCUGUGGCCCCCUCGGCUGCCACGCCCUGCCCUGAGCUGCUACCUCUAGCACUGUCCCCGGUGCUCAGCUGUGUCUUUCCCUGGGCUGGGGUCUCUUGUGCCUGACCCCGUGUGGGGCUGAUAUCAUCUCCUCAGCUCAGGGGCUGCAUGGGCUGACAUUCGGUCUUUGCCUCCUGCCAUUAAACUUGGUGCUUGCUCACUC